AUGCGGACUACACGUUUCCAGUCUCUCUCCUUCUCCAGCAUCCGCAGCUCCCUUCGACGCUCAUCUUCUACGUCCCACGGUUCAAUGAUGUCAAGCAACCGUGACUCAUACGCCUCCAACACCUCAUCACCUAUCAGCACCAUCAACGCCAUCAUGCACCGACAACCUUCGAUGUUAGAUAUGGAAGAGGAACGAAGAAGUUUUGGGUCGGGUUUGGAGAUUAUGGAACCACGACCACUCGUCUACUGGGGUGGCCUUGAAGAGAGAAUGGGCUCUCUGUGA